AUGUCACAGGUGGUAAUCACUCGAGGCCCGCUCGACGGCCAGAAGCUCAGCAAGACCAUCACCGACGCCGGCAAGAUCGAAAAGCUCCUCGCCAGAGCGGAAGCCAUGCCAGCCCCCACCUCUUCUAAGAAGGUCAAAUGGACGCAUGACGUGGACGUAAUGACGGUGCAGCUGCCCAAGCCCGUGGGCGUGUUCACCGAUGGCGUGGUGGAGGUGUGGGGCGAAGGCACCCUGCGCGUUCCGGGCGAGACUUCGUAUAGCUUCUACCCCAGCAGCGACCAGACAGCUAAGCUCGCGAGCGACGUGGGUGAGCUCUGGAACUCCGCAUGA